AACAAGAAGCCACAGCUUGGCCAAAAUGGCUGGCUAACGACCCCAAGUUUGCGUUAGAAGACGAUGCCUUUUUCAGGGAUGGUUUUCUCUCUUGGCUCAUGUUUUGCUUGCUCUCUGUCUGCCUGUGUCCCUGACCAUGCAUGCCCUGCAGUAUUCUUUAACGAUUUAUCAGCAAGACUGUUGAAAGUUUAACCAUCCAAGAUGCCUGUCCCUCCCCCUCCUGGACCCCCACCACCCCCGACACUUGCACUGGCCAAUACAGAAAAGCCUACCUUGAACAGAGCAGAGCAGGCUGGGAGAAAUGCUCUCCUUUCGGACAUCAGCAAAGGGAAAAAACUAAAGAAGGCAGUCACCAAUGACAGAAGUGCACCGAUUUUGGACAAACCUAAAGGAGCUGGUGCUGGUGGCGGUGGUGGCUUUGGUGGAGGUGGUGGAGGCGGUGGAGGUGGUGGAAGUUUUGGCGGGGGUGUACCACCCGGUUUGGGAGGACUGUUCCAGGCUGGAAUGCCCAAGCUGAGAUCCACAGCCAACAGGGAUAACGAUUCCGGAGGAAGCCGACCACCAGUUUUGCCACCGGGAGGAAGAUCCACAUCUGUCAAACCUUUUCCUCCCCCAAGUGGCAUAGGGAGAUUUCCAGUGCCUUCUCCAAGCCACAGAAGUGGUCCCCCAGAGCCUCAGAGGAACCGGAUGCCGCCUCCAAGGCCUGACGUGGGCUCAAAGCCCGAUAGUGUUCCUCCUCCAGUACCUAAUACACCAAGACCCAUUCAAUCAAAUCUGCACAACCGUGGCUCCCCACCAGUGCUUGGGGCGCUCAGGCAGCCCAGCCCUGGGCCGACACCUCCCCCUUUCCCCGGAAACCGAGCUGCUGCCUUUGGAGGGGGCUCCUUGCGCCAGACACCCUCUGGCUCCUCCUCACCUUUCUCCAACAGGCCUCCCCUCCCUCCCACCCCAAGCAGGGCCUUAGAUGACAAGCCCCCGCCUCCACCGCCUCCAGUGGGCAACCGGCCCUCCUUUCACAGAGAAGCUGGUCCACCUCCUCCCCCUCAGAACAACAAGCCUCCUGUGCCUUCCACCCCACGGCCUUCCUCCUCCUCACAGGCCCCACCUCCUCCGCCGCCACCCUGCAGGCCCGGUCCUCCCCCGGUGCCCCCGGGUUCCAUCGGCAAUGAUGAAAUCCCAAGGCUUCCACAGCGGAAUUUGUCUCUUGCUUCGUCGACACCACCCUUACCUUCACCAGGACGCUCAGGCCCUCUUCCUCCCCCACCCAGUGAGAGGCCCCCUCCUCCCGUGAGGGACCCUCCAGGCCGAUCAGGCCCUCUCCCUCCGCCUCCUCCAAUAAGCAGAAAUGGCAACACGUCUCGAGCUCUGCCUGCCACCCCUCAGUUGCCGUCCAGGAGUGGGCUAGAUAGCCCCAGAAGUGGGUCCAGGCCUCCUCUUCCUCCUGAUAGGCCUGGUGCUGGAGUACCUCCCCCACCUCCCCCAUCUACAUCAAUUAGAAAUGGCUUCCAGGAUUCAUCCUGUGAAGAUGAGUGGGAAAGCAGAUUCGUCUUCCAUCCGAUUUCUGAUUUGCCACCUCCAGAGCCAUAUGUACCAACGACCAAAAGUUAUCCCAGUAAAUUAGCAAGAAAUGAAAGCCGGAGUGGAUCCAAUCGAAGAGAAAGGGGUGCCCCCCCACUUCCUCCUAUCCCAAGGUGAUCCUCAUCUGCCUUCCUCCACACGAGCUCAAGAGCUGCUUUUAUUGUUGCUAUCCAAGAAUUGCACGCCCUCUUCCC